AUGUCUUUUAAAUCAUUUAAAGUUUUCACAGUUUACACAAUUCAAUUAUUAAUUUUAUUUACAUUAGAAUGUGCUGCAGACGAAGCUUGUGAAACGAUACCGACUGAAAUUCAUGUCACAAAAGAGGAAUAUGAUGACAUGGGUAGGUUACUACGAUCUUGCAGCGGCGAAGUUAGUGUCAACAAAUGUGAAGGCAUGUGCAGUAGUCAAGUACGACCAUCAAUUUCAGCACCUACGGGAUUUUCAAAGGAAUGCUUCUGCUGCAGAGAAAAUUUCUUACGUGAGCGUUUGGUGACUUUGAAUCACUGUUACGAUCCCGAUGGUAUUAGGCUUGAAGACGAAGACAGUGCUAUCAUGGAAGUGCGACUUCGAGAACCCGACGACUGCAAAUGCUACAAAUGUGGAGAUUUCAGCCGUUAAAUAUUAAAGCCAACCUUGUUCAAAUUUUAUACCGAUAUAUUCACAACGGAAAAAGGAGAAAACACACUUAGUUAUUAUUUUACUCAUUAAGUAUUAGCUAUCAUGUAGAAAGAAAAUUGGUCAAAGGUUUUGAAAAAACAAAAACAAUGUAUUUAAUUAAUAAAAAUAAUUCAUUG